UUCUCGGCGGCACCCCCGCUGUUAAACAUCACCUGAAUUAUUGCCGCCUGGUCUUGGCGGAGCCUGGAACCGAGACUUCAAGCGCAUGAGACUUCCCGCCUGGGAUCAUGUCGAACUACAAUGACAAUCCCGAGCGGGCUGAAACGUCGCGGCAGCUCUACUCUCCUUUAAAUUCCAAUUUUAGAACUGCGGACGUAGAAAAUAGUGAAGAGCGACAAUAUCACAGUAGCUGGCGGCCUAGGCGAACGAACACUCGCAACUCGGCGCAACGCGUACGAUUUUCUAACGAUGUUCCCUACGAAGAACCGCGCGGAAUAGACUCCGCAAUCCGUGACAGCGCCGACCCGCGAGUGGGCUCUAACUACCCUUUCGAAGCUCAAACUUCGUCGUCGAAAUCAACCGAUAAUCGAGAGGAACGGCAUGUAGAAUACGAUCUCGAUACAAAUAUGGAAGGAGGAAAGUCGCGGGGCCUAUCUGAUAAGGGCAAGAUGGGUCAGGAUAUCGACGACGCUGAUCGUGAUACUCCUUUCCGGCUAGACAAUUAUCGUGCAUGGGUCAACAAGCAACGGAAACGAGCGCUGGGGCCAGGAGCCAGGUUUGAACAACGCUUCAACGAAUUAUAUCAGAAAUGGAUUAUCGAAGGGCUCCUGCGUCAGAAGCCUCUACCGCCGAGCCGUGAUGGUCGGCAUAUACCUAUUAGCGCGGGCGCCGUCCGCUCGGUGCCGUUGAUUGAUGAAAGGAGCGGCGGGCACUAUAUCUCAAACUUCAUACGCUCUAGUCGCUAUACUAAAUGGUCAUUCCUACCAAAGCAACUCUACUUCCAGUUUAGCAAGCUAGCCAACUUCUACUUCCUAAUUAUUGCCGUCCUGCAGCUAAUUCCAGGUCUGAGUACGACGGGUUCGUUCACUACUCUUAUACCUCUACUCAUAUUCGUCUCUAUUAGCAUGGCGAAAGAGGGAUUCGAUGAUUAUAGGAGGUAUGUCUUGGAUAAGACGGAGAACCUAGCUCCCGCCUGGGUUCUUGAUCCGGAGAGAACAGUCGAAAAGAACUGUAAGAAAAGCCGGAAAGGUUUCUUCGGAAAGAAACUAGGUGGUAAAGAACCCGAGGAGGAAGAGGGGAUGACGGAGCUGCAAGAUGUCGGUGGGCGCCAAGAUGACCCGAUAUGGUCUGCAAUCCAAUGGCAAGAUCUUAGGGUUGGUGAUAUCAUUCGAUUGCAAAGAGACCAUAGUGUGCCGGCGGACAUCAUCAUUCUUCAUGCAACUGGUCACAAUGGAGUGGCAUAUAUCGAGACUAUGGCACUCGAUGGCGAAACAAAUCUCAAGAGCAAGCAAGCCUGCUCAUUGCUAGCUGAGCGCUGCGAUACUAUCGAGAAUUUAAGGCGUUGCCGAGCAGAGAUCGUAUGCGAGGACCCCAACGUCGAUCUUUACAACUUUGAAGGUCGUGCAACUCUCGAUGGCGAGACCCGGCCACUAACCACGAGCGACGUUGUAUACCGAGGUUCGAUUCUGCGAAAUACCGAUGAGCUAAUUGGCCUGGUCAUCAAUACAGGCGAAGAAUGCAAGAUCCGCAUGAACGCUAAUAGAAACGUCCGCGCCAAAGCUCCCAAAAUCCAGGGCUUGCUUAACCGCAUCGUCAUUCUCCUUGUUUUGGUCGUGCUCACUCUCACAGUUGGAUGUAUGGGUGGGUACUAUAUCUGGAGGAAUGCUUAUGAGAAAAACGCUCCCUACCUGAAGGAUGCUGGUGUGCCUUUCGCGCAUAUUUGGUUUGGGUUCAUCAUCGCCUUCAAUACAUUGAUACCACUAUCCUUGUACGUGAGUCUUGAGAUUAUUAAAGUCGGGCAGUUUUUCCUGCUAGAUGACGUCGAGAUGUAUGACCCCGAAACCGACACGCCCAUGGUUGCCAAUACUACCACCAUCCUAGAAAAUCUAGGUCAAGUCAACUACAUUUUCUCUGAUAAAACUGGCACUUUGACAGAGAACAAGAUGCGUUUCAGGAAGCUCAGCGUCGCAGGGAUGGCGUGGUUGCAUGAUAUGGAUAUUGAGCGUGAUCGCCUGGAAAGCAAGGCUCGGAUAUCUAGAAGAAAUACGAAAGGCCUAGGUGGACAAAUUGACGGCUCAACGGACACAAACGUUGUCCCUGAUAGGGACGAGCCUAUCGAGACGCCCUUGAUCAACAGCCAGCAACAGUCUACCUCUUCUCGGAUACCAAGAACCCGACUAGGGCAUUCUCUACCUAUACCAAAGACGGAAGCCUUGCUGGGUUAUAUCAGCCAGAAUCCCGAUACUGUGUUUUCGAGGAAGGCCCGUCAAUUUCUCCUCUGCGUGGCCUUGUGCCACACAUGUCUACCGGAGGUCAAAGAGAAUGGCGAGAUUGCUUUUCAAGCUGCAUCGCCAGACGAACUGGCGCUGGUACAGGCCGCCCAAGAUUUAGGCUAUCUUCUGAUUGACCGUCCAACGAAUUCUAUCAGGCUUCAGUUCCAAGACCGGAAAGGUGAGCUUGUUACGGAGACGUACGAAGUGCUAGACGUUAUCGAAUUUAGCAGCAAGCGGAAGCGAAUGUCGAUCCUUAUACGUAUGCCGGAUGGUAGAAUUUGCGUAUUCUGCAAAGGUGCUGAUAAUGUCAUGAUUGCUCGUCUCAGAAAUGCGCUCCUUGCUAAACAGAAGGCAUCCGACGUGGUACGGAGAGCCAGUAAAAGGAAGAGCGUGGAAGCCGAGCGAGCCAUGAGCCGGUUAAGUGGCACGUAUAGCCCUAGAAAUAGCAUAAGCAGACGCAAUAGCAUGUUCCGAAAGGGUAGCCGGCGUAAGUCUACCGAGACGAGUCGUCGCUCAGUUUCGGAGGACAUUGACACUUGGUUGACAAGGCGCGAGACGUUGGAUAUGGACGAAGCUGCAGGAUAUGACGACGAUUACAAUACGCCGCGACAGUCUAUCGUUCUCUCACCGACGCUGCUUGCUGGUAGUACGGAGGUUUAUGACGGAAUAGUGGACGAAUAUAUGGCCGCGGACGAUGGUGCUAUCUUUGAGCGAUGUUUCCAACAUAUCGGCGAAUUUGCUUCGGAAGGCUUGAGGACUCUGCUUUUCGCUUAUCGCUACAUAAGCGACGGGGAGUAUGAGCAAUGGAAGGAGGUCUAUCGAGCCGCCACCACGAGCCUGGUUGAUAGGCAAAGUCGCAUUGAAGAGGCGGCGGAACUAAUCGAGAGAGACUUUGAUCUUGCUGGCGCUUCUGCCAUCGAAGACAAACUUCAACAAGGAGUUCCUGAAACGAUCGAAAAGCUUCGAAGGGCGAAUAUCAAAGUGUGGAUGCUUACUGGCGAUAAACGUGAGACUGCGAUCAAUAUCGCGCACUCUGCGAAGUUGGCCAAGCCGUUCUCCGAACUCUACAUCCUCGACGCCACCACGGAUGAUUUGCAAGAGAAGAUCACCUCCACCCUGAUUGAUGUUGGCCGUGGCAUGAUAGCUCAUUCCGUCCUCGUUGUCGACGGCCAUACUUUAGGUGUGCUCGAAAAGGAUGAUUCUUUGAAGAUAAUGUUUUACGAUCUUGCCGUCCGCAUGGAUUCGGUCAUCUGUUGCCGAGCAUCCCCGUCUCAAAAGGCAGGCUUAGUACAGGCUAUUCGCGAGACUGUCCCGUCCUCAUUAACUCUGGCUAUCGGCGAUGGAUCAAACGAUAUUGCUAUGAUCCAAGCAUCACAUGUUGGCAUAGGCAUUUCUGGCCGUGAAGGUCUUCAGGCUGCCCGUGUUGCUGAUUAUUCGAUCGCCCAGUUUAGAUUUCUCCAACGACUUCUCCUUGUCCACGGCCGCUGGAUGUAUCUACGGACUGCGAAAUACAUUCUCGCAACAUUUUGGAAGGAACUAGUCUUCUACAUCAUCCAGGCUCAGUACCAGCACUUCAACGGCUACACUGGCACGUCUAUUUACGAGUCGUGGAGCUUGACGGUGUUUAACGCGCUCUUCACUUCACUACCCGUAAUCCUGCUCGGAAUUUUCGAGAAGGACCUUAAGGCGGAAACCUUGCUCGCCGUCCCUGAGCUCUACUCGUUCGGUCAACGAAGUGAGGCAUUCAAUUUCAAGAAGUAUCUAAGCUGGAUGUUGUCCGGCGCGGUUGACACUGUCAUCAUCUUCAUGAUGGUCUGGGGUUUCUUCAAGGAUAUCCUUUUCACCGAAAAUAACUCGCUCUUCCCACUUGGACAAUUGGCAUUUACGGUUGCCGUGAUACUGAUCAACGUCAAGAUCUUAAUAUUGGAAUGCCAUCACAAGACAGCGAUUACGUUCGGCGGCUUUGCUAUCUCUAUCAUAGGCUGGUUUAUCUGGAACCUUUUUAUAGGGGCCAUCUACCCGCUUAGGUUUGGACAGUACGUCGUACGCGGUUCUUUCGUCCACGAAUUCGGGAACAAGCUAGGCUGGUGGGCUGCCGCAGGGGCGACGAUCGCAGCUGUAGUCACGCUCGAGCUAGGUCUCACAGCUCUACAGCGGAUAUACUUCCCACGGGACCAGCACCUAUGGCAGGAGAUUGAGCGCGAGGGUGGCGUCAAGGAGGUCCUCAAGGAGCAUGCCGCCGAGGAGGGACGUGCAGCCCCUCCUUCGAGAGGAACCGAGCAGGGAGAUACCGAAGAUGAACUAGAGCUGCAACGAUCUCUAAGUCCUGUCCUUAGCGAAGGAUCAGGGAGGAACACGUUCCAGGAAAUGUAUAUACCACCAAAUUCAACGCAGCGGGGUCAUGGGCCCGCUGGGGCGGGCGCGCGGGGACGGAUGAUACAUAAGGGGUUACGAAUACAGACGGCAUGAUAGAAUGAGAUGACGGAUGGAUGGUUAUGUUUAUUUGGUUAACGAGAUGACGUCUCGUUUGCCGGCCCGUAUAGGUAAAGUUGGUAUUUUGGAACGGAUGACCCGGCGUUUUAUGGGAGACGAACGCCUUUUCUAGCAUUACGAAGCAUACAUAUACCUAGCAUAUGGUUUGCAAAGCCAAGGUUCCUUGGUUC